AUGGAUGCGACAUUCAUACAAGUUGUAAAAUUUUGUAGUUCGCAACUUGAGGCAUAUCAACGUUGUGUUGAAACUCAUUAUAAAGAUUGGACUUCAGAAUGUCUUGAACAAAAACGUGAACUUACAAAAUGCUCAGAAGAAAAUGUUCCAGAAAUUAAAAUGAUGAAAGAAAAAUGUCAUGAUGCUAUAAAUGCUUUUCAACAAUGUCUAGAAAAAAAUAAAGCUGAUCCGGAAGUUUGUAGAGAGAAAUUGAAAGACUUAUACAAUUGUACGGAAGCAACUACUAUAGAUAUUACGGCAUUAAAUCAAAAAAACAUGUGA